CACCUACUAAGAGUACACGUAAUCUCGUGCAAGUAUUGACUGAAUGAAAUAAAAUUGUUGUUCUUCUUGUUUACUUAAGGCAGAUUUUUUAUUGGGAAUGCAUUGUUUUGUUUGAUUUCAGCGUAAAAUGUAGCCACAUAGGGGAUAUUUCCUCAUGCUCUUUUGUCAAAAAGAUGGUCCAUUGUUAUUUUGCAGGUAUUGCUAGUGGACCUUUAUUCACUUCCUUUGGAUUUGACUAAAUUGAUAUUCACUUCUUUCAUCAAAUUUGUGCCGUACAAAACACUUAUGUAUUCGCUAGUUCAUAUGUACAUAUAACUUGUAAGUUGCAAAUCAUAUUCAAAUUUGUGUUGGUCCUGCCUACCUGUUGCUGAUGGUUAUGCCUCCAUCUAUAUUUACUUCAUCCCUAUUGAAAUUGAACGGCUAGCAACUACACUACAGUAUCUUUUUUAAGGAGUCACUGUCCAAAUCCAUCAAGUAAGGCACCGACUCUAUCCCUCGCUUGGGCGCUCUACUUGUUUUCUUUAUGAAGAACACGAAAGGAUCCAGAUUGUUGUAUUUUUGCAAAACUUCUACCACAGCCUGCAAAUGCAUGAGAUAAUCAAGUUCACUCUCGUGCCGACACUUGCUUGAGCCAAAAGCCACAGGCAUAAUAGUGCAGUAGACAGAAUUUCCACCGCUUCCUCGCUGGAAAUCAAUGUCCAACGGAACACCCCAUUUCUCCACCAAUAAGUCCCUUAGUUUGUAUCCAUCAAAAUCUAUUUCUUCUUUGUCUUCCUCGUCUUUCGAAGCAACCGCAGAUUGAAAUGCCUGUAGUGACAACGAUUCAUCGUCCUCGGACGACGAGGUCGACGGGUCUUGUCGGUUGUCGUUCGAAUUACUCGACCCGUAUUUUUGUUUGGCCUGUCGGAAGGAAGUCAACGAUAUAUCGCCAUCGUUACUCACAUCAUUCUUUUCCUUUUCGGCAGCAGCCUGCUUUCUUCUCGCUUUCAAAACCUUUCGCUCGGAGGGUCCGUACGUGCUAAAUUCAAUCACUUCCUCCCAGAGAUCGCCCAGCCAAUUUUUGCACGUUGUGCUCGAUGACGUCCUGAAACUCGGGAGCAAGUGGCUUCUUGUUGAAAACGCUGCGACGGGUUCCAAAGAAAGGGCGAUCCCAAUAACGAAAGGAACUAUUUUUGACCGAACAAAGUUCAUUGUUAGUAUUGUACACAUCCAAGGUGAUUUAGUUGCCGAUCACAACCAUGAAUAGUAGUGCGGCAAGUUCCGUACGUAGUUUCGUUUUGAUAAAAACCGAAGUUUCUUUUUGAGUUGGGUGAACAACUCGGUGAGCAUGAUUGAAAWUGAAUUGAAUUGAAUUGAAAUCGAGAUGACGAUUUUUUAGUCACGACUGACUUUCUUUUCAAUCACGCCAUAGGACACUACGUUUUGCACAUGUUUGUACCAGUACCGUAGGAUGUGGUGUUAGAGAGUACCAUAGAGAGCAGAGCGAAGGACAGAAACAGGACAUGUACAAACUACUGCUUUCACCUGUUGCACAAUUCGAAGAACAGCAAUUCGAAGAAUAGCAUCCACAUUGAAGAUGUGCUACAAAGAGAAACAGAUUAAAGUUGACAUACAGAGAUCAAAUCAGAAGUCGCUUUGUUGCCAUCGCAUAAUUACAGUCUAGUUGUACUAUCUUUCCGACCUAUUCAACUGGAGUUGCAUACCAGUUGAGCCACUCAUAGUCCUGCAAGGCAUCAUGGGCUCUAUCACACCACAUGGAAAUUGUUCCAAGCUCCAUCCAUUUAUACCCAUGGUCAACACAUUUUUUCCGUAGCUGUUCAAGAAGAAUAUCUGGGAUGGAUUUCCAGCCGGCCAAAUCUUUUGGAGUACCGCUUCGAGCACGCUCGGUAAGGAUUUCUACUGCUUGGAUGUUGUCGUCACAAAUUUCGACCAUGAUUUCUGAGACUGACUCAUUCUGUGCUUUGUCAAUCCAUGAUUGCAAAUUUGGCCGCGGAACUUCUAGCUUAGUGACCAAGAUUCCAAUCUUUUCGUCCGACGCAUUUGCAAGUUCUCUCCAAUUAUGUAUACCGCAGUCCUUCAUGAGUCGUGAAAUCCAAUUCGAUAUAUUGCCCCUCGUGUUGGAAUUGAUCUCGGGAAUGGAAGUUUCUAUGCAUUCUCGUAGCUCAUCCCGAUCAGGUUCUGGUGGAGUGGUCAGCGUCCAAGAUUUAUCGUUACCUCCAUCAUUUUGUCCACUCUUUUGUCCCUGCUGUCUACGAAGCCUCGCCUCUGCUGCCUGCGCCUGUCUUGCUUUGCGUUCUUCCGCAUGGUGGUCUUGAAGAUGUUCCAUCGCGUGCUCUACAGCUGCAACUACGUUUGAAGCUCGUUCGAAAUCUAUGCCCUCGUCCUCGUCCAUAGCCUGUCGUUUGUUUUCCAAGGCCUUUUCGGAUAGUUGUUCGGCACGCCGGCGCAAAAAGCUCCAAUUUAGAUCUGGUAAGAGUUGGCGAUACAUAUCGGGGACAUUGCUUAGCUCGGGAAACAAUUUGACACAGGACCAUAGAACUCGCGGUGAUAAUCGAGACAAAUUUUCAGGUCGAAGGGCUUCCUUAUUAGAAGCAUGUAUGCCUUCCAAAACCGCUUGCAAGACAUCCCGGGGGAUUCUGUCAACAAUUUCUUCCUCCUUUGUUUUGUUAACGCUGCCUCGAUAAAUUACUUUCAAGAGAUCGCCUCCGCCACUGCCACUGAGGUUCCUUUCGCCCGAGAAAUUGGUCAUCUGGUACGAACGAGCCUGAAUGGCUGCCAGUCGAGAAAAGGAACGGGUGGUUUCAUAGCUYGAGAGGACCACAUUUUUCAUACCCUUUCGAAGAAUUACCCCCAUUUGACMCUUGUCGUGCAAUGCACCCAUCAGGGCUGUGGACAUGUCGGUAGAGUGCUCACCCUUGCCGAGCUCUCCUCGACGUCGACGCAUAUCCGCCUGGCGACCAGCCCGUCUGGGAUUGGCAACCGUAGCUCCAUCGACCAAUCGGCGUCCAUCCCCAGCCGAAGCCGACAACUUUGUAGAUUUCGUUUUGUGUGGUCGUUGCUUUACGUUUUUGCCAGAGGGGAAAACGCCGCUCGUCGUAUUGAAGUUCUUGUUGCUACGCCCUCGUUUUUUACCGAUUGGAGCACUAUUCUUGAGGUACUCCUCUUGUGCCUUGAUCAUCGCAGGCAUAGAUUCUGUUGCCACUUUGGAAGCCGCGCGCUUCGAUCUGCGAGUGCCACUGCUGCUAGAUGGAGAACUCUGAUCAUUGCUGACUGGUUUGCUUUGAAUAUGGCUGUUUUUCUUGUUGCUUCCAUUUGUAUUGCAAAUCUUAACGUUUUGAGCAAAUUCUACUUGGACACGUUCUUGGUUCGAGACAAAGUUGGAAAUCGGGGUUGAACCAUCCGAUGGAAUGGGUCUCGGCGGAAAGCCACCUUUGAUACUUUCUACGGGAGCUCCGAAUUCCUUCGAAGCACUUUCAUAGAACUCUUUCGUAGAUGCCGUGGACGCAAGCGAAAUUACCUUUCGUCCUUGCCUAGAUUGGAGACAAAUACUCACUUUCGAUGCCAUAUCAGGUGCUUCUUUCCUAACUACAGUACUGUGCAGUGAACAUAUAGGGAUCGAGCUCCUUGAAGUUGGAACAAUACCAAAUCAACUUAUUUUUUGAUC